GGUGGCCGGCAGCAGCCAGGUGCCCAGCGGGAGAAGUCCCCAGCCCUCCCUCCUGCGCACACAGGCCAGCGGAGGGAUGGACGCGGAGCAGUGCUGGGACGGAGGCCUGGCCGAGCCUUGGGCUUCCCCGUGGAGGAGCAAGAAGGACCCUCCCAGGUGUCGGACCCGCGGUGGGCGGGCAGACCUGAGACGGCAGAAGAUGCAGCGAGCACCCCGCCUGCUCCUCGUCCUGCUGGGACUGCUGGCCCUCUCCGGCGGUGGCCGAGGUCAAGCCGACGGCCCCCCGGGGGAUCCGGGCACCGAGGAGGACUCCCCCAGCCUCCGGAUUGCCCCAAGCAACGCAGCCUUCGCCUUCAACUUCUACCACCUCGUCGCUUCCCUCCACCCCGGGAGCAACAUCUUCUUCUCCCCGCUGAGCAUCUCGGCCGCCUACGCCAUGCUGGCCCUGGGGGCCCGCGCAGACACCCGGGCCCAGAUCCUGCAGGGCCUGGCCUUCAACCUCACCAACACGUCCGCGCCCGACAUCCACCGCGGCUUCCGGCACCUGCUGCUCACGCUCAACCUGCCCCGCGACCAGCUGGAGACACGCGUGGGCAGCGCCCUCUUCCUGCGCCAGGACCUGCCGCUGCGGCCGCGCUUCCUGAACGACACGGCCGCCUUCUACGGGGCCCGCCCGCUCCCCGCCGACUUCCUGGACCCCGAGGGCGCCGCCCAGCUGAUCAACAGCCACGUCAGGGAGGAGACGCGCGGGAAGAUCGACAGCGUGGUCGGCGGGCUCAGCGCGGACACCGCCAUGGUGCUGGUGAAUUACAUUUACUUCAAAGGCCGGUGGAAGACCCCGUUCGGCCGCUCCAAAGGCCCCCCCUACGACUUCCACGUGGACGAGAACACGGUGGUCAAGGUGCCGAUGAUGUUCCAAGACCGGAACCACUGGUACCUGCACGACAGGCACGUGCCCUGCUCGGUGCUCCGGAUGGACUACCUGGGCGGCGCCCAGGCCCUCUUCAUCCUGCCCGACAGCGGGAAGAUGGCGCAGGUGGAGGAGGUGCUGACGCCGGAGAUGCUCCGCAGGUGGAGCGGCUUGCUGCAGAAGAGGGCCUAUCACCGGAAGCUCUGGCUGUAUCUCCCCAAGUUCUCCGUCUCGGGCUCCUACAACUUAGACGAGCUGCUGCCGCAGCUGGGCAUCCAGGACCUGUUUACGCGGCAGGCCAACCUGUCGGGCAUCACGGCACAGGAGAACCUGCUGGUGUCCAAGAGUGUCCACAAGGCCGUUCUGGACGUGGACGAGGCCGGCACCGAGGCCGCGGCGGCCACCAGCAUCUCCAUCACCUUCUUCUCCGCCGUGCACAACCCCCGCAUCCUCAGGUUCAACCGGCCCUUCCUGGUGGCGAUCCUCUCGCCCGACACCCAGAGCAUCCUCUUCCUGGGCAAGAUCGUCAACCCCACCGAGCCCUAGCCCCCGCCGGGAGCUGCUGUCCGCGGGGGGCGUGGCCGGGGUGCAGAGAAGCCAGGGGUCCGGGCAGAAGCUGCUGGAGACGGGAAGGGAGUGGGGGUACCAGACGGGUGUGGACCGGACACGCGGCCCCGCGCGGCUGUGCAGCCCCGGCAGCCCCCGGAAGGCGGGGGCCCCCCUCGCCCCCCGGCAUUGUCCCUAGGGUAGCUGUGUGAAUUAAACAGACGGAUGGCGAGGAGCCUGGUCCAGCGCCUUGUACACAGCAAACGCUUAAUAAAU